GGUGUCCCAGGUGACACAGGUGACAGAGGUGCCCCAGGUGACACAGGUGCCCCAGGUGACAGAGGUCUCAGAGGUCACACAGGUGCCCCAGGUGUCCCAGGUGACACAGGUGACAGAGGUGCCGGUGACACAGGUGACAGAGGUCUCAGAGGUCACACAGGUGCCCCAGGUGUCCCAG